UCCAUCCGCUUUUCCGUCUUCGUCGACCCUCGAAGCACUCGUCCCUCCCUCCACUUCUCCCCGAUAGCCCGCACCCUCCCUACCGGCCAGGAGGUCAUUCGUGUCGGCCGUUAUUCCGAGCGGGACAGUCAGCCUCCGGUACCGACCAACGCCCCGUCCUCGGCCCCCGUGGGCUUCAAAUCCAAGGUCGUCAGCCGUCGUCACUGCGAGUUCUGGUACGAGGAGGGCAAAUGGUACAUCAAGGACGUCAAGAGCAGCAGUGGCACAUUUCUCAACCACAUACGGCUGAGCCCUCCAGGUCAGGAGUCUAAGCCGUUCCCCGUCAACGAUGGAGAUGUUGUACAGCUGGGCAUCGAUUUCAAGGGGGGCGAGGAAAUGAUCUUCCGCUGCGUCAAGAUGCGCCUGGAGUUGAAUCGCGGCUGGCAGAACAAGCUGAACAAGUUCAACUCGCAUAAGCGACUAUGGAACAUGACCAAGAGCGAGGGGUCAGGGAAGGACUACUCGCAGGACUGCUCCAUUUGUCUGAACUCCAUCGCUCCCUGCCAAUGUCUUUUUGUUGCACCAUGCUCGCACACAUGGCACUUCAAAUGCAUUCGCGCCCUCUUGUCCGGACCAAAUUACCCGAUCUUCAUCUGUCCCAACUGCCGAGCCGCGGCCGACCUCGAG